AUGUCCAAGGUCCAGUCAAAGAACGAGAAGCCCCACCUCGCCCUCAUCGCAGGCGCCUUUGCUGACCUCAAGACCCAGACCCAGUUCGCCCACCGCACCGCCGGUCAGAAACCACCUGGCCUGUGGGCCAUCACCCAGCAGACGUUCGCCCGCCACGGCAUCACGGGCUUCUACUCGGGCGUCGGCGCCCUCGUCGCCGGCAACUCGCUCAAGGCCGGCGUCCGCUUCCUGUCGUACGACCGCUUCAAGCAGCUCCUCGUCGACGACCAGGGCAAGCUGAGCGGUCCCAGGAGCUUGCUCGCUGGACUCGGUGCAGGCAUGAUGGAAGCCCUGUUUGCCGUCACGCCCUCGGAAACCAUCAAGACCAAGCUCAUCGACGACCAGAAGCGCGAGAUCCCGCGGUAUCGAGGGCUCGUGCACGGCACCAUGUCGAUCGUGCGCGAGGAGGGCAUCUCGGGCAUCUACCGCGGACUCGGCCCGGUCGCGGCACGGCAAGGCGCCAACUCGGCGGUGCGCUUCACGACCUACGGCACGCUCAAGUCGUUCGUCCAGGGCAGUCGGCCAGGAGAGGCGCUCCCGUCCGGCAUCACGUUCGCGAUCGGUGCUGUCGCCGGCGUCGUCACCGUGUACGCGACCAUGCCCCUCGAUGUCAUCAAGACGCGCAUGCAGUCGCUCGAGGCGCGCACGCAGUACCGCAACGCUUUCCACUGCGCGGCGCGCAUCUUUGCCGAGGAGGGCGUGCUGCGGUUCUGGCGCGGCGCGACCCCUCGCCUCGCCCGCCUGGUGCUCAGUGGCGGCAUCGUGUUCACCGUGUACGAGAAGGUCAUUGUCCUGAUUGGCGGCCGGGCAGUGUAG